UCUCACUUCCCAAUCCCCCUCUUUUUUCAAAUCCAACCAUCAAAAUGACUGGCGGAAAGUCCGGCGGCAAGGCUAGCGGCAGCAAGAACGCGCAGUCCCGUUCCUCCAAGGCUGGUUUGGCCUUCCCCGUUGGCCGUGUUCACCGUCUCCUCCGCAAGGGCAACUACGCCCAGCGUGUCGGUGCUGGUGCCCCCGUCUACCUCGCCGCUGUUCUCGAGUACUUGGCUGCCGAGAUUCUCGAGCUGGCUGGCAACGCUGCUCGCGACAACAAGAAGACCCGUAUCAUUCCCCGCCACCUCCAGCUUGCUAUCCGCAACGAUGAGGAGUUGAACAAGCUUCUGGGUCACGUCACCAUUGCCCAGGGUGGUGUUCUCCCCAACAUCCACCAGAACCUUCUCCCCAAGAAGACCCCCAAGGCCGGCAAGGGCAGCCAGGAGCUGUAAAGCUGUUUCUCUUUUUCGCGGGUU